AUGGCGCCACGCGGUCCUCGCUCGUCCAACUCUGGUCGAGAUGCCAGGGGUUCUGCGCUAAACGCCAAACCCAGUUCGAGGGGCGGCAUUCAGAAGCGCAAGGGGCCCAGCAGGGUCGACGAUGACGGCGACCUUGACAUGGAUGCGGCCGGGAAACGACCGAGGACAACCCCCGGGUCGACAACCACGAGGAGCGGCCCUGCCCCUCGCUCGGCCGCGACCCGGAACCCUCGGGGCGUCUCGAGAGCGGCACAGAACGUCAUGAAGCACCUGAGGAGCGGGGACUCUUCUGCUCUGGCGAACCGCGUUUCGGACUCAACCGAAGCAAGAGCUGCGCGCGCGCGUGGCAGAGCUGCCGGCCUUACCUAUCUCCGGAUCCACGGUCUAAGACAGAGCAAGGCGGCCAGCAACAAGGACGGCGGUCUGAGUGACCUGCUCAGCUUCCUCGAGAGAAAAGCAUCUUCCCUCAGCUCCACCCGACGAGCACGCCCAAUCAUGAUAAGCAAGUCACACGUCGCCGGAGAUUACGUGUUUAUCGGGGCGAAGAAGGAGGACGCAGAGGAGCUAGUCAAACUCAACACCUUCACCUUUGCGGGGACUCAGCUCGAGAUUGUCGAGUCAAACGAAGAGUUGGGUUUCGCGAGCAAGGCCACCGAGUCCAAGGAGACGCAGGAACUGCGUGCGAAGCUGCAGUCGAUCCUCAGCGCGCGAUAUCUUGGUGACAACAAGCUCCUCAAGCUCGAUUCCCUCGCUUCUGACGCCGAGCUCGUCACACUGGGCAUGUUCGAGAACCGAGACAGAGCCCUCAAGACGUUCAAGGGUCUCAUGGCCAUCUGCGAUGGCCUCUUCAAAACGCCAGCGGCGAAGCGAGAGGCAAUCGAGAGCAUCAGUCUCGCCAACAAUAACAUUGACGACGUCAUCCAAGUUGAAACAGUCGCGACAACGUUUCCUCAGCUGAAGAACCUCGACAUGAGCGGCAAUCAGAUUGCAAACACCCAGGGCUUGGAGCGUUGGAAGGGCAAGUUCAAGGAACUGGAGACCAUCUACACGACCGGGAAUCCCAUUGAGACUGCCGACCCCAAUCUUCAAGCAACUUUGCUUCAGUGGUUCCCGAAACUACAGGACAUCAACGGAGUGCGGGUGCGAACCGCGGAACAAAUCGCCCAACAGGAAGAGGCAGCGAAGCCAAAGCCCAUACCGCAGAGCGGUCCUGAUUUCCGCGACGUCAAUGGCAUAGGCGAAAACUUCCUCUUGGAUUUCUUCACAUCUUUCGACAACGACAGGCAGGGUCUGAUUUCGCGUCUCUACGACGAGGCCACACAAUUCUCGAUUGCGGUGGACACGCGGUCCGUCAGAGACCCCAAUGCCCCAGCGCCUCUACCCUGGUCUGCCUACAUCAAGGUGUCGCGGAACCUGACCAGGAUCACCCAUCAGCACACGCGAGUCCAGCGGCUCUUCAAAGGCGCCAACAUCAUCUACGACUUGUGGAAAUCAUUACCCUUGACGAAGCAUCCCAACAUCAAAGAGGACAUCAGCAAGUACAUCAUGGACUGCCAUCCGCUUCCCGGCCUGGCAGACCCCAACGGACAGGCGCGGGUGGGCGUUGACGGCCUCAUCAUUGCUGUGCACGGAGAGUUCGAAGAGUACGACCAGAAGACGAAGGAAACGGGCAAGCGCAGCUUUUCGCGGACCUUUGUUCUCGGCCCUGGCCAGGCUGGAAGGGGCCCGAUCCGAGUCGUCAGCGACAUGCUUUCGUUGCGAGCGUACAGCUCGCUCCCCAACGUCUUUGUGGCGCCCGGCGGCAACACGCAACCCGCCAGCGCCCCUCCUGCCAACGAUCAGCAUCAAGCUAUGAUUGCGGAGCUGUCGAGGCAAACGGGCAUGGUUCCAGAGUAUUCGGAGAUGUGCCUGUCGCAGGUUGAGUGGCAGUUUGACAAGGCCCUCAUCAUUUUCAACGAGAAAAAGGCGUCUUUGCCAGCCGAGGCCUUUGCUACUCCGGGGCCUCACUAG